AUGGCCCUGCGAUCCGAUUCUGUGCUGCUGCCGCUGCUGAGCCUGCUUCUGCUCCUUGGGGCGCAGCUGGCGGUGGCCGCCUCGACCAAGCUGAUUUCCAAGCUGAGCUGGGAGCCCCGCAGCAUGAUGAGUCCGUGCGGGCUCGACGAGUACCCCUCUGCCAGCAACUGCUGCCGGCGCUGCCCUGCGGGCCAGUAUGUCCGUGAGCCCUGCAGCAGCACCCACACCCAGAGCGAGUGUGCGAUGUGUGAUGAAGGGACGUUCACGGCCUUCCCCAACGGCCUGCGGUCCUGCUUGCUGUGUUCUUCCUGCUCCGAGGACCAGGAAGUGGUGGCGGAGUGCACUCCCACCAGCAACCGCAAGUGCCAGUGCCAGACGGGCCGCUACCGCCACCCCGACUCCAAUGAGUUCUGCGCACCGUGCAGCUCGUGUCCCAAAGGGAAGGUCGUCCUGCGGACGUGCAAUGCCACAGCAGACACCGUGUGCGGCCUGCCCGGUCCAGGUGACCGUGACGGACAAGAAAGUGUGAGGCCGGAAGGCUCGGCACCCUUCAGGUCAUUGCACGAGAACCCGGGUGCGGACUCUCCGGGCCCCCGGAACCGAGACGUCAGCUUGGAUGUGCCCUGUGAGACCCCGAUGCUCCCCCGGACCCCAGAGAGCCCAGCGGGUGUGCAGGGCCCGCAGCCUGCGGCAGGGGAAGGGCUGGGCCCCACCCCGCCACCACCGCCUGCCCGUCUGAACCAGGCCGACCGCAGUGUCUGA